CUGAAAGAUUUCUUUACUGGCCGUAUGAUAGAACUCUAUAAAGAGACCACACUUAAUUUCGAUAAACAUCGAUGCGCACCAAAAAUUUAUAGAAUUCUUUGUUAUAAUUUAUCGAAAUAUAUUGAAAGAUCGAUAUCAUUGUUAUGACAUAUUUUGCCAAAAAUCGAUAAAUAAUUGUAUCGAGUCGUUUUUGUCCUUAUCGAUUUUUGAAGCAGUGUAACGAAUGUUUUAUAAACAACAAGUAGCAUAACGCUGUUUACGCGGUACGGAAAAUCUUCAUUAUUCUGCGAUCAAAUCACAUCAGCUAUCAUAUGGCGAAUCAAAGUUUCGAGAAUGAAGUUGUGGAAGAGGUAUUGGAGGAAUCAAACUGUAAUCAGCCAGUAGUAGUGACACUUCCACUUGAUGUGUACAACGAGCAAGCGGAUGCAAUCAAAGCGCUACAAGCUGACAUAAGUUUCAUGAAAGAACAGAUCAACAUUCUAAUACAACGAGGAGAAAGGUCGGAAUCGUUAUCGGCUGAAACUCACGAAUAUUUCGAACCGAUUAAAAAGCUUAUGCCUCUGAAAUCAAUUAAUGAAUUGCUCGAAUUCGAAGAAUUACUGGGAAACAAAAAUAACGAGAAAAAAUUUAAAAAGUUUCUGGCUUCAUUUGUGCUCUUUAAAAAACCUCUAAAAGAAAUGACAAUGACGUUUAUUGAAAAGUUUUAUCAUCUAGAGCUGCAGACUCAGGUGAAUUACUCAGGUGCUGGGGCUAAACAGGCCCUUAAAAGUUUGUGCUCAACGCAAGUAUUAAUAAAAUCUCUCAUCGAUCAUUCAUUAUAUGACAGCACGGAUGAUCCACCAGCCCUGGCGUGCGCCGAAUUUCGGUAUCAAAUGCAGCACGCAUGUAAUACGAUCGGGAGUAGUGAGCGCAAGCAGUGUACAACAAACCGAAAGCGAACAACUAGAAAAGCGCUCUCGUCUCUAAAAAAAGAGCCUCGCGAUCCUAACAAUGAAGGAGGAGUGUCUGAUGUAAAUACUUAAUCAUAAUCUUUGAAACUAAAAAGAAGUAAUCUUUUUAUUAUUUUUAUAUAAUUGACAAUAAAUAACAGUAUAACAAUAAAUUACAAACUAUGUAUAUGUAUGAAUCAUUGGUGCUACGAAAUAA